AUGCUGCGCCAGGGCGACUACAUGAGCAUGGUGGAGUCCCAGAAGCCUGAGCAGCAAUUGUCUCAGACCACAUUCCAGGCCAUCCAGGAGCUGAGACUUCCAAGAGAGGCUCUUGGUGGGAGUCAAAUGUCCAGAGCACAGCUCGCUGCCUUGCUAGUCCUCCUCGCGCUUCGAGUCUUGGAUGGACUUGGCGCCUUUGGCGUGUUUCGAUCCGGGGACGAAAUCAAGUCCUCCAGAGUCAAGGUGCUGACAUAUGCCAUCGCCAAUCUGGAUGCUUAUCUCCCCUCGAUAACAAGUCUAGAUGCAGAGGUCUACCACCAGAUGACAGCAAUGGUCCGAAUGCUGUACGACUUCAAUUUCGCGCAGCUUCUGCAGGGGGAGAACAACCCUCACUCUGUGUGGCAGCUGCAGUGUGGCAAAGAAGAAGAAGGCGAGGAUGACAUUCCUUUUCGUUCAAGUGAGUAUCCUGUGCGGGGCCCGCUUCCUAUCUCCACGUCCUUCGCUCCGUGCUUGCUUGGAUUUGCUUGGCAUGCCACGGGUUACCACUAUCAUGCCAACCUCGUGAAGGUCACUGGGAGCAUAUCCUUGGCGGGAUCGUUGUUCUUGACAGAGCUGAACGGACGCUCUGUGUUGAAGGGGCUUUCCUGCUUGCAAGACCUUUCAGAGACUCAGUCGCAGGUGUCUUUUGCGGUAUUUGCAAUGUCAUGGUUGCCAAUUCGGCUGGGUCUCUGCUCGCAGCUCUCAAGAACUGUACAAGCUUCUUCGCUGCAAGCCCUUGUGAAUGAUUGGGAAGCAUUGACCGAUCAAGAACAGGAUGCACUGCUGGAGCUUUUCCUCACAGACGGACAUGAUGAUAAAGCCUUCAUUAUCCUGUACCUGCCCUUGUUCCUGGCCAAUGCCAUGGCCAACCCACAACUGGGCCUGAGAUGUGGCUUGCAGUUCCUGGUGGAGCUCUACUCGAAGUUACUAGCCCACCGAUGCCUAAAUCAGGACGGCUCUACGGUGAAGGUGGAUAUCUCUUCUUUGGCAGCCUCCGCAAAAACGAUCGACAACGCACGCCUCCUAAGACAGUGCCUCGACUGUUCUCGAAUCGUGAAGCACGGCAACGGUGUGACGGUUCUGCUGACAGCUGAAAGUUAUCAGUUCAUGUCAGGCCAGCUGGUUGAGGAAGAUCGAAGAUUGAAUUUAUUGGAACUUGUUGCAGCGCAACAGCGUCGCUUGGAGGAUGCUCUGGUUGGCAAUCGCAAGCAGAACCUAGUGAGGUGCGUGCAGCCACGGCCGGAGAAAGUACUUUCGGAUGCGUUCUGA